AUGGAUCCCGUUUUAACGUUAAAAAGAUCUUCACAAAUCGACGUAAAUGCUUGUAUUUUCUGCCAUACCAGUCUUAAAGAUGAACAUUUGAGAGCCGCUACUGAUUAUAGCAGAACGGUAGUUCGCGAUGCCAUGAAUUUGCGGAGCAAGUUUACAGCUGUUGGGAACAGGGAAACAAUCAGUAGGCUGGAAGAAGUCAUAAAUAGUAUUGAUACUUCAAGCGUUUGGCAUGUUAAAUGCUAUUUCCUAUUUACAAGCAAAGACAAAAUUCAGCGCCUGGAGAAAAAGUGCAACAAAGAUGAGGCGUCUGCAAUACCAACCUCAAUUACGC